GUGAAGUAUGUACUCGGUUUGGUUGUUGCACGUCUGACAUUUGAAAAAACGGCUCUAAUGGCCUUAGUGAAUUUUUAAUGAAAUUGCGGUUCUGCGUGUUUUUAGCGAAUUCGUUUUCUUGUCGGCAGUAUUGAAGGGGGAUUAAUUAUUGCUAAUUGGCACGCAAAACGCGAUCCACGGAAUUAUUGGAAAAAGUAUUAGUGUUGUGGAUUGCAGAACACGAAAAUGACUACGUUUGGAGUAGGCCGUAUUUUGUUGUAUUUUCGUUGGGUUUAACGCAGCAUGAAAUUGGUCAGCUUAGGAGGGAUUUCAUUGCUGUCAGUUUAAACAAGAGCCGACGAAAUAUUUCCCCUUGUAUUUCCGCAUUGGGAAAUCCAAACAGUGCGAAAAUUCACAACAACCGCAGCGCAACCCUUGGGCUAAACAUCAACAACCCGCCGCCUACAUUCCGCCGAAUCCGGCCCUGGCCCCCCUUUCCCUCGACGAAGACAGCCAUACCUGUUCCGUCGGGCCCGAAAGAGACGGCAAACUGCAGAAGAAUCCCAGAGCAGGAGUGGGGGCGCCAGAAAACCGACCAACUCUCCUGUCAUUCCGCAAACGUGCGCAAACUGUGUCAGUGCAACAAAAACACCAAAAAUCGCCCGAAAGCCGCCUCGAAGCCCCGUUUUCGCACGUGAUGCUAUCGCAGGUGUGUUCGGUCCCUUGUCGAGCCCCCGCAGCGCCGCGCCUCCUGUAAUGGCCCGCCGCAAUGAGCUGUUGGGCUUGGGGCUCCUGGCCGCCGUGUGCCUGCUCUUCAUCGCCUUCAGCCAGAAGGAGAGCCCCCGGUACUCCCGCGCCCUCAAAUACGAGGAGCUCUACGACGAGGGCUUGCCCGAGGCGCACCCCAACGCCUCGCUGCUGAGCGUCAAGGAGGUGGUGCGUCUGCAGCAGAGCGCCAUUCGGUACGCCCUGAAGGACUACCCCUUUCCCGCGGGUCGGCGGCUGAACGACUACACGCUGGCGGCGGGCGGCCGCCCGCUCCGUACCGUCAUCGUCACCACCUGGCGGUCGGGCUCCACCUUCCUGGGGGAUGUGAUAAACGCGGUGCCUGGAAACUACUACCACUACGAGCCUUUACUCGACUACGGGAUCAUUCAGAUCCGGGGGCCCCCGCACGCGGACUCGGCCAUCGCGAGCCUGCGGAGUCUGCUGAACUGCGACUACUCGAGCCUUCAAAACUACCUGGAAUACGGGAAGACCCACACGUACCUGUUCAUGCACAACACGAGGUUAUGGGGGCUGUGCGAGACGUUCCCGCACUACUGUUGGAAUGCCACCUUUCUGAGCAACGUCUGCAAAGUGUUCCCGUUCCAAUCGAUGAAGACGGUGAGGAUUCGGUUGAGGCUAGCUGAAGAGUUGCUGAGGGACGAAAAGUUAAACGUGAAGGUGUUGCUGCUGAUGAGGGAUCCGAGGGGGAGCCUCCAGAGCAGGAAACACAGGGACUGGUGUCCAGGAGAGCCCGAUUGUGAUAAGCCCAAUCUGGUGUGUGCCGACAUGGUCGCAGAUUAUAGUGCUGCUAUACAACUCAAAAAGUUGUAUCCAGACAGGUUUAGAGCCAUCCGCUACGAGGACCUCUGUAUGGACCCUUACAACCACCUGAAGGACCUCUUCAAGUUCUUCGGCCUCUACUUUCACCGGGCCGUUCGGGAAUUUCUCGACUCCCAUACGAAAAAGGACGUGGGGGGCGUGUCGAGCACCAGCCGCGACACCAAGAGCGCCCCAUUCCACUGGAGGGCCGAUUUGAACUUCUCCGAGGUUCAGUACAUUGAAGAAAACUGUGAUCAAGCGAUGAAACUGUGGGGAUACAUAAAAGCGAGCAAUGAGUCACACCUUCGCGAAUUUCAUCCACUGACAAACUAUUCUAUAGAGUAAUUAGUUUUAGUGGGCAAGCUUUAAUUUCGUUUCUCGGCCAGUGGCAACUCGUAGCGACGGUUUAAUGUGAUUUUUGUUUCAUUUUAGACGAGGCGCCACUACGGUCUGAAUCAAACAUCGAAAGUCCUACCUCUGAUGUGACCCCCAGGGCCGUACCGAGUUCGAACGCUGGCUUGUUGUUUUUGUAAAGUGUGCGGCCCUGAAGACCUCCGAACGGAAGAGUAUUUUUGAUUUAAGUACCUACGACGCAACUAGUGAUUUUAUUGAUAUUAGAGCUAGGUGAACACGGCUUGUACAUCAUAGGAACUUAGUUCGUUGAGUCACUUGUGAUGAAUUUGACAACAUUGCUUGCCACGGUUAAUAGAACACUCGUUAGAUGUUGCCAGAUUGACUUACGGAGACUCGAUCUCUUGUUACUUGGCAGCUUUUUAGUGCAAUUGCAGCGCGGAGGGACCGAGUCCCUUUUUUUAUUAUUAUUGUUAUUAUUAUUUUGGAAACGUGGCUGCUGCGACGUCCUAACAAUUGCUCAAACGUGCACUUAUAACAAAUCAUGCAACUAAUCGUAAGAAUGUUUUCGAUUUUCGAGCACUGUUGUCUGAUUUGACCUCAUUUCGUUAGUCUUACCUCCCUAUUAUAGUCAAUUGUUUGAAGUACCUAUUUCGAUCAAAGGGGGUGCAACUCGUCUCGUUUAAGAACGCCUUCGACGCGUUUGAUAUCAUGUAGAGCAUAUCUUUACGGAAAAUAAGGAUUAUAAUCAUAGGACUGUGCCUUUCAGUACCAUGGCAUCGUUCACGGAGCACAAAAUAUUUUCUUGCACACGACUAUGAUUUUAGGUUAAACGACAAGUUCGUUUUAUCAUAGAACUCACCGGUACGAGCCUAAGCAUUAGGAUAAUUACACGCCACAAUCACAUUUUGGGCUUCCAAACGUAGUUUUCGAUCACAGUCUAAUAGACGCGACGCCAUUUUUUUCGAAUCUCGCCACUAAGCAAUAUGGCCAUCUAGUAGGCUGUGAUUUUGACGUUUUCAACAUUCCUUUUUCUUGCUUGGGGCAUUUCGAGUCGACUAGGAAGCUAGAUUAAGUCGCCUAAAAUUGUGACAGGUUUCGAAGUUUGGUUGGUGUUUCGUAUUGUGAUGUUUUCUUUAUGGUUAGUUUUAAGUUCUACAAAAUCGUACUUGUUUUACAUUAGCCGAAUUUUAUAUAUUUUGAUAUUGAGAGUAAUUGUAUACUGAGGUGGCCUAAACGGUUGACAAAUUUAAGGUACAAUAUGUCACAUGUUAUAUACUCACAUGAUUUGAAUAAUAUGUUUAUUUACAAACAGAA